CAGGGCCUGAAGAAAGGGCCGGCUUUGUGGGUCCUGGCGCCCGCCCCGCGUCCUCGGUGGGGGCGGCUGCUGCGAGCAUGCGCAUAGGCACUGCGGCAGGCUGGUGCGGAGUCCUGCUGCCGGGACGCGGGGCGGCGCGAAGCGGGGCUCUCUGCCGCCCCGCGCCCCCAUGUACGCCUUUUACUCGUUGCUCAUCUACAUUUUCUACAGCCUUUUCCGCAGGGAUGGCGGGGCUGCGGCGGCAUCGGAGCCCAGCGACCCGGCACAGGGGCACCCCAUGCUCUGUCCUCAGAGAGGCUGCUGCAAACCCAGGGGUCGUCGUCGCCCGGAUCAACUCACGUCAGAACUGUGGACCGAGCUGACGGGCCUCGCGGGCUGCUCGGAGUCUGAGGAUGGGCGGAAAGGCGGAGCGGAGGGUGGCACAGCUGAGGUGUCCCUGGAAGAAGCUCUUAUGCGCCUUGCUGAGUUCCUUUCCCUCCAGUUGGGGGCAGAGGAGAGCUGCGGGAAUUCUCCUGACUUAGGCAAGCCUGGUGAGGUCCCCCCACUGUUGACAGUAACAAGUCAGCUCUUGGCCUUUCUGGCAUGGAUACGAAGCCCCAGGGGGAGGCAGGCCCUGCUCCAGGAGACUCAGCCAGCUUGUCCACUGCAGCCUUCCACUCUAGAUGGAUCUUUGUCACAAGAAGAAAGCUCCUCUCAUCCCAUUCCCACCCUGGGUGAGGUACCAAGGGAUGAGACCCAGGAACCGCAGACUCUGCUGUUGGAGGAGGAGCAGAAAGCUUGGCAGAGGUUGGAGCAGCUCAUUCUAGGACAGCUAGAAGAGCUGCGACAACAGCUGGAGCAGCAGGAGGAAGAGCUGAGCAGAUUGCGUCUGGGAGUGGGGGUGACAGAUUCAGAGAAGAGAGUUCAGCAUCUCACACUGGAGAAUGAGGCCUUGAAACAGAGCCUAAGCCUCACUCGGGACCUCCUUUUGCACUGGGGACCAGGCCCCCCGACCAGAGCGCCACAGGAGGAGACUGAGACACUGUUGGAGCUCCAGGGCCAGCUUCAAGUGGCCCAAGACACCACAGAAGCCCUCCGAGUCCAGCUGGGGGUGCAGGAGGUGCAGCUGCAGGGUCUUCGAGGUGCCCUCCAGCAGCUCCAGCAGGAGACAGAGCAGAACUGCAGACAGGAGCUGCAGCAGGUACAUGGACAACUUGCAGGACUUCGAGCAAGGAUGGCCAGCCUCCGUCAGGGCUGCGGGGACCUCCGAGGACUGGUCAGCAACUUUACCCAGAGUUAUCAGGGUUCGCUAAGUGAGGCCCAGGGCCAGGUAUCCUGGGCCCUUGGGGCUCUGUCAGCUGGAGGGGCUGGGACUCAGGUCCCCGAAGGGCAGCAGGGGCCCCCAACUGGAUGCCCAGGGCGGCUCUUGGAACUCAGGGGGAAUAUCCGUGUGCUGUGCCGGUUGAGGCCAGCUGGAAGCACACCCUCCAGCCUGGUGAGCCUGGAACCUGGACAGGGGGGGACCAUCACCACCUGCUAUAGAGGGCGCCAGCGUCGCUUUCGUCUAGACUGGGUCUUUCCUCCAGAUACGAGCCAGGAGGAGGUCUUUAGGCAGCUAGAGCCAGCUGUACUGUCUUGCCUCCAGGGCUACAGUGUCUGCAUCUUCACUUAUGGCCAGACAGGCACUGGGAAGACCUACAGCAUGGAGGGCCCACCUGAGGACCCUGGCAUAGCUCCUAGGGCACUGCAGUUGCUGUUCCAGGAGAUGGGGACUGGAGGGCAGCACCAUGUGACCCUCAGCAUGGUGGAGAUCUACAAUGAGACAGUCAGGGACCUCCUAGCCCCAGGGCCUCCAGAGCGCCUGGUUGUGAGGCAGGGUCCUGCAGGACUGGGGGGAAUCCAGGUAGCUGGCCUCACUCACUGGGAUGUACCCAACCUGGAAACACUACACCAGAUGCUGAGUCUGGGGAGAAGCAGCAGAGCUACAGCAGCCACUGUCAUGAACCAGCACAGCUCACGCUCCCACGCCCUAGUUACACUGACUUUGCAGGCAGCAUCUCCAUCUCGUGUCUUGGGCACCACAGGCACACUGCAUCUGGUUGACCUGGCAGGAUCCGAGCGUGUGUGGAAAGCAGGGGUGGGCAGCACUCCACAGAGAGAUCCGAAUGGUGCUCAGCGCCUGCGGGAGGCCCAAGCUAUCAACCGCUCCUUGCUGGCACUAGGAGGAGUGAUGGCUGCACUGCGAGCCCGGCGGCCGCAUGUGCCCUUCCGCGACUCACAGCUCACGCGCCUGCUGCAGCCAGCACUUGGGGCUGGCACCACAGCGGUGCUGCUGCUACAGAUCUCCACAAGGCCAGAAGAUCUUGGAGAGACUGUCUGCUCCCUCAAGUUUGCUGAGCGAGUGGGUCAAGUGGAGCUGGGGCCAGCCCAGCGCCACAGGGCCCGCCGCCCUAGAACCCCUUCCUCUCUCGGUACUGACACCCCACUCACUGGCACCUCCUGCACCCCUACACCAUCUCCUGGCAGCCCUCCAAGUUCUGACCCUGACAGUUGCUCUGGCUUGACUCUUGAGCCUCCAAGGGACUUGCCUCCCUAGUCCUGGGUUGAGGCCCUGCCUAGUGGGCUUCAGAACCCACCUCUGCUGGCAGAGGCAGCAGUUGAAUUUCCUAUACCCCAUCUCCUAGGGCAACCUUUUUGAACUCUGGGGACCUACUGCCCCAGAGUCCCAGAAUUGCCCCUCCACCGUUUUGGCCAGGCCAGGAAAUCUUAUGCUUGGAGAAAUGAUUGCCUCUAUCCCUCUACCCGCCCCCAGUUAGGCCACAGGCCCUUAGCUCUCUCCUUAUCACCAUUUGCCCUUAUCACAGCACACAGCAGGGGAUCCUAGAGCUGCAGGAACCAGACCCCAGACCCCAGCCAAGUGGCUUCCCAAGUCACCACCCUUCCCCCAAAAUCAGACUUGGCAUUAAAAUGUUGUAAAUUCCUUUACUGUUGUUUCCCCUAUUUCCAUCACCCCCAAAAGAAGAGACUGAGGUGUCCAGUCUCUUCAUUUCCUGACCCUUUCCCCAAAAGGUGCUAUCUCCUUCCCAGACUGAUGAGGGAGGGCAGGACUUCAAGCUGGGCGCACCUUUGCCUUCUUCUUCCCCUCCCCCAGCCUGGAGCCAAGGAGGGGCAGCCAAGAGUGUGAUGGAUGGCAUGAGAGCCCAAGAAAAGAGGGGCUACUAUUGCUUCUUCAGCCUAGUUCCUGGGUGUGGGAGGGGCAGAGGCAUGACUGGCCAGGCCCAGGGUCGUCUCUAGCUGGGCCACAACCCUUUCUGGAGUAGUCCAAUAAAAGUUAUGAAUUCU